UGGAGCAUUCAGUUGAGUAUCAGUGUCUGUUUAACGAGCGGGCAAGAUGCAAAUUCAAAUAAUUUUCGUCGUCCUCCUGGUGAUCUGCUUCACGGCCAUCCACUCACAGAGGUCCGACUGUGAUAAGAUCUACAAUGCCUGUGUGUCCUGCCGAAGAAAUCGGAUGAACACCACUGAGCUAAAUAAUCUGUGUCGUAGGACGAUUCGGGACAGAGUCUGGAGAGAUCAAACGCAAUGUGAUUUGCAGCUGAUUUCCUGCAGAAAUCCUUGUGAGAAAUUGAGCUGCCGAAACAUUGCCGCAGCAGCUAGAAUGCCGCCCAGGCGCCCGUAGUCCGCCUCAAGACAGCAACUCAAGCAAAGAGGAGGAUUAUGUAACCGGCAUGUAGUGUCUCCCGAAUGCUGUUGAUUUAAUUAAAAUAAACAAUGCAAUACAUUUCAAUAUGCUUUUAAUACAUUUGUGUUAGUCCUCAAGCUGAA